AUGUGGUCUAUAUCAGCUUUUAUCUUACAAGAGAUGAAAGGAGAAAGAAGCAAGCAGAAAAGGAGGGACCUCAUUACCACCAAGAAAGAAGAGCCAGGAAUGGAGGCUUUUUUCACAGUAACUGUCCCCAAGGAACUGUACAUGGUGAACCAUGGCAGCAAUGUGACCCUGGAGUGUGAUUUUGACACUGGCGGUCCUGUUGAACUAGGAGCAAUUACCGCCCAUUUGCAAAAGAUGGAAAAUGACACAUCCUUACACAAUGAAAGAGCCACAUUACAGAAGGGACAACUAUCCCUGGGAAAGGCCUUAUUCCACAUACCGCAAGUUCAUGUGAGAGAUGCAGGGCAGUACCGCUGCUUGAUCGUCUAUGGGAACGCCUGGGACUACAAAUACUUGACUCUGAAAGUCAAAGCUUCUUACAAGAAAAUAAGAACUCAUGUCCUUAAGGUCCCAGGAGCAGAUGAGGUGGAGCUCAGCUGCCAGGCUGAUGGGUAUCCUCUAGCAGAAGUUACCUGGCCAAACAUCAACAUUCCUGCCAACACCAGCCAUACUAAGACCCCUGAGGACCUCUACCAGGUCACCAGUGUUCUGCGCCUAAAGCCACAACCUGGCCAAAACUUCACCUGUGUGUUCUGGAAUGCAAACAUGAAGGAACGUACAUCAGCUGUCAUUGAUCCUCAAGAUCAGAAGAAAUCUGAGGACUCAACAACUCCACUGUCUCACAUUUUCAUCCCUACCUGCCUCAUUGCCCUAGUUUUCAUAGCUGCAAUGACAGUCCUAAGAAAAAGGCUCUGCCGAAAGUUGUCUUGUAGAAGAGCUCGAAUUAAGAAAUAA